AUGUCAACAUCUCAACCAGCUUUGUCCUCCUCUCCCGACUUUACGACCAAGGAUAUGGACUGCUCUACUCCCUCACCGAAUUUUAGGCGGGAUCCGGCGGACGUUCAGACUAGUGUAGCUGCGACUGUCGACACUACGGUUUUCUUCUCAGACGAUAAUCCGGUACGUCUUACUGCAUCUAUGGAGAAUCUCUCCAUUAUUCCCACAGCAUCCCAAGUUUCCUCGGCCUGCGCCACCACUCCGGGUGAAGUCGACGUGGAGUCUUCUUGUUCUAGCGGUAGUUCGCCACCACCAACGAAGCGAGUUAAGCGCACUUUCCGUAGUGGCUUUGCGACACCUUCAGGUUCCUUCUCGUCGCCUCCACCGGGUCCGUCCAAGCCGUGGGCAGCCGCGUCUCUCAGUCAUGACGAUACUAGUUGGGCCAGUUUUUCAGAAGCGUCAUUAGCAUUCGGUAGUUCAUCACAAUCAUUCUGUAACGAAGACCCUUCUUCCUCUAAAGGCUAUAGUAGGGGACGGGGUCGUGGUCCCGCGAGGCGCCUGGCGCAACUUGAGCAGUCCCCAGUUCGCGACGAAGAGUUCAUACCCCGACCAGUACGCAUACCGAGCGAGACACCGAUUGGCUUCCACCAUUAUUUGAAGAAUUUGCAUCCAUGGGCGAAGUUCGUUAACCCGCGUCCCGUCCGUGUUCUCCGUAACCCCCGGCUACCUUAA